AUGCGAAGCAGCCGACGGACAAGCGAAGUAGACGACGAAGACGACGACGACGAAGACGAGAGUGGGAGAGAGGAUACGACGGGACGAGGUGAUCAGGCUGUCCAUUCUCAUGCCGUACGCCGCGAGCAGGCCAUCACACCCGCUACUCUGCUCCAUAGACGGCCGGCUCCUGCUAUGACCACCAUGCUUCGAAUCAACAUCCCCCCCGUCACCCGCGCAAUUCUCACAAGCAUAGCGGUGCUCUUCAUUUUGCAUACGGCGACAAGAUACAAGCAUUAUGUUGUUGGUGAAUCAUCGUCCUCGUUUUCUGCGGUGCCAUACCUCCUCGCCAUUCCGUCGAAGAUCCUCUUUUAUCCAUGGACACUUAUAUGCGCAACCUUUGUGGAACAGAAUAUUGUCACUCUGUUGAUUAAUGGAGCUACAAUGUUUUACGGAGGGAAAUAUUUGGAACGGGCCUGGGGCUCGAGGGAGUUUGGGAAAUUCAUUCUAGUGCUUGCCUUGGCCUCCAAUUUGUCCAUGGUGUUGCUCUACUUGACCACGGCUGCGAUCCGCGGCAAGCCUGAGAUUGCCAUGAAAGGAAUCGGUGGUGGAAUUGCUGUGCAGUCCUCAUUCCUGGUGGCCUUCAAGCAGCUAGUCCCCGAGCAUACAGUUACCAUUCUCCGAGGCCUCGUAAAGAUACGAGUGAAACAUUUCCCGGCUAUAUUUCUCCUUCUCAACUUUAUUGGUGCACUCUUUCUCGGAACAGACGUUGCAUUCCAUCUCAGUUGGCUUGGACUGCUCAUCAGUUGGACAUUCCUGCGGUUCUUCAAAUACCAGCCUGAUCUCUCGGGUACCUCCACCAGUGGCCGGGGAAUCAAAGGUGAUGCCAGUGACACAUUUGCCUUUGCAUGUUUUUUCCCAGAUGCCAUACAGCCACCUAUCAACUUCAUUGCUGAGCGAAUAUUCGCUAUUCUAGUGGCCGUCCGUAUCUGCACCCCAUUCUCAGCAGAAGACGUCGCUUCUGGGAAUGAGCAGGUAUUGGCGCGUGGAGAAGCUGGUCUUCCGAGUUUGUUGAAUAAUAACGUCCGUGGAACACCUAGAUCUGGGAAGAGGGAAGAAGCUGAACGACGGAGGGCACUCGCACUCAAGGCUUUAGAUCAGAGGUUACAGUCUGCAAGUUCAAAUAGAGCAGCACAGCAGGCCGCAGCAUCUGCUGCGCCGUCGUCCCAAACCUUAGCUCCUGCUGCUACCCCCACGGCCCCGGUAGUUCCCGCUGGUGAAACAAUGCUAGGUGAAACCAAUUAUACCCCUGACCGCUCCUAA